AGUCUUAAUACCAUAAUAUUGUACAAGCAGAUAUAUUACAAUAUCUACUCCAAAAUAACACAGUCCAGUAGUUUUAGAUGAUGUUAUGUACAAACAAUAAAGGCACUAUGGCCGAUUUUCGUACGUUUCAAUCGCUAGUUUUCUACCAGUGCGCCUCAUUAACAAUGUGUUUCGGCUGUAGUACUUAAACCUAGUUUCGCUUUGGUUCCUCGGAGGGCCUCUGUUUCGUGUCGCGUCAUCGCGCCGCGGCUGGCGUCUGCCUGGAGGCGAGUUAAAUAACCACGGCACGGGCACUGAAGUAUUUUGUGGAAGGUGAUGGAAGCGGAUAUUUUAACGCGGAUUUCGUUGGAGACAGUGCUAGGGAAACCCAAUGAGCUUCCAACGAAAGCGAGAGUCAUUCGACAUGAAGGCGAAAAACAAUGGCAGUAUGAGAGUUGUUCCACCGAAGAUAACAUCAAUAACAAGGAUAUUUCCGAGAAGGAUAAGAAUUGGACUACUUCAUCCAACAAACCGAAACGCUUCGUAUGUGACGUCCCCGGGUGUAACAAAGCCUUUGUUAAACCAAUUUUUCUGGAAAUGCACGUUCGAACCCAUACGGAUGAGCGCCCUUAUCUCUGCACUGUUGAAGGCUGCAGCCAAGCCUACACUAGGUCAUGGCAUCUUAAGCGACACGUCGAACGCGCACACAAGGAGACAAGAGACGCCGGACAAGAACAAUCACUACAGCGUGAGUUGAUUUGCUUCUGGCGCAUUUAUAGGCAUUUGUGUACUUGGCAGUCGUGUAGCAAGGAAUAUAACUCACGGGAUGCCCUUAAAAAGCAUAUUGCUCGGGUCCACGAAGGCAGGGAGAAUGUCGGCAGACAGAGACCUGGCGAAAGGCUCGCGUGCACCUAUUGCGCUGCUUCAUUUGCUAAACAUAGUCGCUUAAAAGCGCAUUUGUACCAUCACACUGGAGAAAUGCCAUUCAAGUGUCGUCAUGAAGAGUGCGGUAAGCAGUUUAUUAUGCAGAGCAAACUCAAAGCGCACGAGAAAACUCACGCAGGAUACGAGUGUGAAAAAUGCCCAGGACAUAGUCUGUUUUUCAGGUUUCCUACUUGGUCCGCACUCCGAAAGCACUUCAAGGAGAAGCAUAACGUUAAACGGUGUUCCAAAUGUGAUAAAACCUUCACGAGAUCAGUCAACCUUGAAGCUCAUCUGGCAACACACGAAAAUGAACGUGAAGCGUACUUAUGCUCUCAUGAAGGAUGCACCAAAUCCUAUUUUGACCUGAAAAACCUCCGUACUCAUCUAAAGGCAGCUCAUGAAGGCGUCCGUUUUACGUGUUCUGUGUGUGAGAAAAAGUUUCGGUCGAAACAGGCAGUUAGGCGACAUGCCAAGAAAUGUUCGCUUAAAAUCGAAAAGCGUGCCGUGAGGACAGGCGCCGACCGAAAACCCCGUAAAGACAAAGGCGUUGUACGGAAGCGAGCUGCAACUUGGCUUUCUGGCUGGGAAGAAAUUGGGGAGUCCUCCGAGCGAAGCGGUUGCGAAACUACUGAGGAUGCCGACGUUACAGUUAACCCAGAUGCUCGUGGAGCUUUAUUGGCAUUAAUCGACAAGAUUUCCAGAGUUAACGAUCAUGCCGUCUACUCACUUAACCAAGAACGAGAUCAAAAGUCAGUUAGUGUGCAGGAAACGCUAAAAGAAGAUCACCAGCGUACAUCCGAAUGCGAUGAUGACGUUCGGGACAGAACCGAAUGUCAUGGUGACUACAAUGAUAAUGGUGCAGAUCAGGAAGAACAAACUUUACUAUUUACUGAGCAGUUCGAUGAUCUCGAACAAAAUGCGUAUAAGGUUGAAUCCGGAAAGAGUGCGGAGGAAAUGGACAAAGAGAAAGAUGCAUUUACCGGAAUAAGCGAUCGGCGAAGCGAUACUCAUGCUAGUCAUGGAGAGCUGGGAAGGGUUAAAAUCUCCGACAGUAAAGAUUGAGAGCCCGUCCCGGCCCUACUCGCGUAUACUUCUUAAUUUGCUACUUUAGAUGCGAGAAUUUUCAAUUUAGUGGUUCAGUGAUACUUGUUUUUUUAUUAUAUGCAAAUACAUAUUAAUGCAUCGUAAUACACGAGGGGUUUUCAUAUCUAUCGUAGUAAAUCGUUUUGUUCAUCACAUCGUGAUCUGGUGGUAGUUUCCCGAGAUUAGGGGUCGCAGCUUCAGGCACGGCUAACGAUACAUACUACAAAACCUGUAUAAAUGGAGAAAAAAUCUUUAACUCGCGCUGGUCGAAUGCUUGUUUAAAGAGAGACUCGUAGCCUUUGUGUGCAGUCCCUCAUUUCAUUCAUAAGGUUAUAGCAGUAAGCUAAUUAAAUAGGAUACAGUUUUUGGAUACCAAGAAAGUCGUUACUUCAUUUGUACCGAGAGUUGGUUAAAAAGAUUGAUAAAUCGCUAUUAAACCAAAGAUAAGAUGAAGGCAUGCGAUUAUUUUCUGCAUAAAGAAUUAUCUCUGAAUUUAUAAAGUGUAAUGUUUAUUUAUAUAUAUAAUUGUAAAUAUAAAUGUAUACAAUCCGCAGUUCCUGUUUGCUUUAGAUAUACGUCUUACUUUAGGCAAGUUUAUCUCACGCUCUCAUUGCUGCUGUGUAUAAUGUAAUAUAUAAUACCUUGCUGUUGCCACCGCAGUUCUUUCCACAUUUUUCCAUAUAGUUAAUAACCGCUAUGUUCGAACACGUUAGAGAGACAUGUUUAUACAUGCCACGAAAUCUGGAACCGGAAAUUACUAUUGUCAAAAUGCAUUGACACACAUUUGUUUAUAAAGGGGAUCUUUCCAGAAGUUAACAUCAUCGAAAAGAGGCGUCAUAAGAUUAAAGCUGCGGAUACUGAUCCGUACCAGGAUAGCAACGUCUAUUAAGAUAGAGAAGUAUCCAAUAUUUCGAAUCUCAAUUAAGGUGCAGGAACUUAUCAAUUCUUCAUUAUUAGCUUACUCGGGUCUAAUAAAAAAUGAAAGCGAAUAUACUCAAAGGGGAUGUUCGACUCAGACUUAUAGGUUCGGUUUUAUUGGCUGAAACAUUAACUCUUGGCAUAAAAAACGCAUAUUAUCAAACGCAACCUAAAAUAUGUAUACGUGUUUUUUUAAUUAAGCGUUUCCAUGAAAAAUGGAUACACCUUUGCCAGGCCGACCCGCGUCGUGCCAGUGUUUCAUAGUCAUCUGCCAAAUGCUGCACACUUGCCUCGUACUGCGAACACUUCCAUAGUCUGUGCACAGUGAGGUUUCGUUCAGCUUGGGGUUCCCUAAAAUUAAAGGUCUGGUAAAAUAUGAGUUGCAUAUUAGUGCAGAGCUGCGGACACACUUGUCUUACGGCUAUACCUAAUAGUUUCGGACCAAUUCGUUGCAACCCAUUCGUUGCAUAUAAGGGCUAAGUAAAAUAUUCUAUAUAUGUAUAUAUAUUGUUAGUCAUUUACAUAAAAUAUUGUCUGAUUUAUAAACGAAAAUUCAUAUUGUUAGUAAAUAGCAAAGAAAAAAUGAAAAACUAAUUUGUAUCGUGGAAUAGUCAAGACUGCAAUAAAUUUAGACAAGA